CAUUUAUAGUUCACAACUGAACUACACGUGUUGAGGUUGCAGCAGGUUUUGAGUGUGUUUUGUUUUGUUUGCUCUAUCUACAAUUGAUAUUUACAUCAAAAUUAAAAUACAAUAUUUCAUAGUUAUAAGGCACAUUUAAUACACACAUAGUUAAACACCUACGUAUACAAAUUUAACAAAUUUACUUCGAUUUGGCAACAAGGAAUAAAGUUUUAAACAGCGGUUAAAAACAGUUAUUGUGCGUUUGUUCGGCAUUCAACAACUUAAAAAAAAAAAUAAACAAAAAUUCUUAAAAAGCAUUCCUUUUGUACAACGUUGAGAUUUAGACUUAACAUCCAAGUCCCAACGAUUUAUUUGCUAUUGGAAAUUUAGUGAUUGCCCCUAUAAAAGAGACCCGCAGCAAAAUAGUGUGCAAAGGAGUUACAACACCUUGUCUGAGGACAUGUUUGUGACCUAAAUUCAACAACCCCCUAUACAACCAGCUGAUACCUACUUGCAAAAAGUAGCACAAACCAUAAAGCGAUAAAAAAAGACGUGAAGGUCAUCAGAAUUUGAAAGCGAAGUUUAUGGAAAAUCGCCCGAGAUGCACCAGUCCAAUCAAUAUUUGAAUGACAACGGAAUUAAUAGCAGCAACAACCGCAAUCACAACAACAACAAUAGCAACGGAAUUAUCAACAAUGAGCACAAUUUGAGACAUUGCAAUAAUGACAAUGCAUUUACAUACUUUAAGAACGGGAGUGUCAGUAGUCCGAUCUGGAAUUUAAAGAGCCCCAUCCGUGCAUCCAACCGUAGUCCAGCGAAAACUACGAAAGUGUCAAGACAAAUAAAUAAAUCCUACUAUGCAGUACCUGUAUCGGAACAAGGACCGUAUUCCAAUGCAUACCCCAAUUCGUUUGCACCGCGCAAGACGACGACGACGUCGGCGGCCAACAACAAUAGCCACGCCUACCAGCCACUACGUCAACAGCCCGCAGAGUAUUAUAAGGCACCCGUCCAGCAAAAGGCGCGACAUGGAUAUGGGCACAGUAAUAGCGCGCCCAACAAUCACGAAUUGGCACGCUAUACACAGGCAUCCCUUGAAAAGGAUCAACUCAAGAGGCAGCUAACGUCCCGAAGUACCUGCGAAUAUUUGGAUGACGAUUCGACGUACUCCCACAGCCAUAGAUCUGCGGCCGCAGACCUAAACUGGGAUAAUAUGAUCCCUGAUCGUCAACGCUUUCAGUCAGCAGAUCAGCACUACGAGCAUUAUUUUUCGUAUUUUUACAAUCGUGGCCCAGAGAAGUUGCACAAAUCAAAAACAAAUACGAUACGUUCGUAUCAAACACCAAUGAGCUUAGUACAGGAGACAACGGGUAAACGCUCGUCGAGAAGGUCCGGAGCCCACAAUGAUAAUAAUCAAAAUAUAGAAUACGAUAGUUAUUUACUGAAGGAGAACAAUGAGCUGCCAUUUGGCUAUAAUGAUAGUGAUUGGAUAGACUUCCCCAUCGAUGGAAUGGAGAAAUCUGCAAUUAAAAUAGUUAAUGCUAAAGAUAUCUACGAGCCAACGCCUCUCUGCGAUGAACAGUAUAUCAAUGAAACUAUACCAACUCCGCGCCGAUGCGUCAAACUGGGCGAUAUACACGAAAUAAGUAAUACGGGUGAGUCCGUGACAAUUAAAAGCAAUUUAGCAAAGAAAACACUCAAAGCCAAUGAGCCGCUGCCGUUGCCCCGUCUGCCGCUGACGCCCAAGAGAGGUCGAGGCGGACAAGCAGCUGCUAAGAAGGUGCUGCCCACUGUCCAUCGCGUCCUCUUGUACAAUAGUCAAAGCCCACGCUCGGCACGUAAGCAUCAUCCGUCGUCUAAUUUACGCAGCCAAAACGUAAAGCCUCAACCCAACCCUCAACCCAAAGGUCAAACUGCAGGCGCCGAUCAUGUCACGAACUAUGUACUGGAGGAGCCAGAGGAGAAGAACCGCGACUUUCGCGAUGCUGAUUUCGAUAACGAUGAUGAUUUAGAUAACAUCUCGAAUUUCGAUGAUAGCGACACAGUGAGCAUAAGCUCUGAUACGGAAGAUGGUUAUAGGGCGCAUGCGUAUAAACUGACGCACUCGAGCGAUCGCCUAUUAUCCUCACCCAAAGACUCUUCGACUCUGGUUUUUUCUCGGUCAUCCGACGAUGACCUUUGCAAUCCAGAGUCCGUCUUAGUCUCCAGUCUCUUUCCAUAUGUGCCGCCCUAUCUAUCAUUUUCGUCGAACACCAAAAAAGGACCCAACGUCCCGCCAGAGCUGCACAGGAUCUUGAAAUGGCGGGUGACAAGCAUAAUGCCAAAAGUCGUUCGGCUCAUCUUGGCAAACAGUGGCAUGCGCAUGCUGAAAAAAACGAACGACUGGAUGGGUGUGUGGGGCAAGCACUUGAAGUCGCCCUGCUUUAAAACGAUUCGCUCGUAUCAGAAAAUAAAUCACUUGCCUGGCUCGUUUCGUAUUGGACGUAAGGACUCCUGCUGGAAGAACUUGCAGAGGCAGAUGAGGAAACAUAGCAACAGGGAGUUUGGCUUUAUGCCACGCACCUAUGUCAUACCCAACGAUCUUUGCGCGCUGCGUAAGCGUUGGCCAAAAUAUGCCCAACGUAACACAAAGUGGAUUAUAAAGCCACCGGCAAGUGCACGUGGUGCCGGCAUUCGUGUGGUGUAUCGUUGGGGUCAAAUACCCAAGCGACGACCUCUCAUUGUGCAGAAAUACAUCGAACGUCCCCUACUUAUUAACGGCAGCAAAUUCGACUUGCGCCUUUACGUUCUCGUAACCUCUGUCAAUCCGCUGAGAGUCUUUAUGUAUCACAAUGGUCUGGCACGUUUUGCUUCUGUUAAAUAUAGCGCCAAGGCGGAUACGUUAAAUGAUCGCUGCAUGCAUUUAACCAAUUAUAGCAUCAACAAAUUUUCGUCGAAUUACUCCAAGAAUGAGGAUGUGAAUGCAUGUCAUGGCCACAAGUGGACCAUUAAGUCGUUGUGGACAUAUUUGGCUAAUCGUGGUGUUUGCACCGAUGGCCUCUGGGAAGCCUUGAGGAGUCUGGUGCUGCGCACCAUUCUAGCUGGAGAGAAUGGCAUUAACAGCAUGAUAAGAGCAAAUGUUGAGUCCAAAUACAGUUGCUUCGAACUGUUUGGCUUUGAUGUAAUAUUAGAUUCGGAUCUGGUACCUUGGCUACUUGAGGUGAAUAUCUCACCUAGUUUACAUUCCGAAUUACCUCUGGAUGCCCACGUUAAGGCGCCACUAGUCCAAGGCGUACUCAACACUGCCCUCUACAAUAUACCACCAAAACUGAGCCAGGAAAAGCAAAGGGAAUUAGCCGCUGAAUUUAGUUUCCCAGCUGGCACACAAAUGUGCUACGAUAAACGUAUGUACAUUAACUAUCUGUCGCGUGAAGAGAAAAACAAGCACAACACUUUUACACGGAAAAGCAUGGAGCAUCGCGAAGAGUACAUCGAUGCGAUUCUCGAAAAGUUGACUCCCGAUGACGUACGCUGCCUAAUUAUAGCGGAGGACGAAUUGGCACGAUGCACACCACUCGAACGCAUCUUUCCUACAGAUCAAACCUAUAAAUAUCUUAAAUACAAUGACACUCCACGCUAUUAUAAUCGUCUAUUGGAUGCUUGGGAGUCACGUUAUGCUAAUAAUCGUACGGAAGGCAUUGCCUUACUGCGCGACUAUUGUCAAAGUAAAUAUCACUUGGAAGUUCCAGCUCCUCCUGCCAAAAAGGACUACUUCAUCAAAUUAAUGAGAUGGAUUUUAAAGUGAUAAAACGCUGCAAUCGGCAUUUGAUAUUGGUCUUUUAGUAAUUAAAUAGAAAUCGUUUUUUUUUUUCUUUUUCUUUCGACUCGAUCUGCACGUGUAUAUGUAUAUAUGUAUGUGUGUAUAUAUACAAACUAUUGUACAAUAGUAUUAAGUCAGUUAUAUCUGUAAUACUUGAGAUAUAUUUUUCGUUUUACAUUGAAAGUGAGCGUGUAUCAAAAAACAUAUAUAUUAUAUAUAUAUAUAUAUAUAUAUAUAUAAUUUUUAGCAAUUUAGGUAAAUGUUAAUGUUUAUUAUACGCGCAGGUAUUGUGCAUACGACUGUUCCAAAUUCAGAUUACAUACAGGGUCGAUAUAUACAUAUAUAUACAUAAUUAUUGAUCAAAAUUGUUAUUUAAGAAGCAAACCUGUGAUUUUAUUUAAUUUGUUGAGGAGAUGUUGCACCAGACCCUCGUAGAUAAUAAGUAGAACAUUACUAGACAACUCUUAUUACGUUCAACUAUGCCAUAUUAGUAUUUCCAUUUAUUUAAUCCCAGUUUUGGUUAGUUCCCAUUCAAAUCAAUUUUAUGUUUGUUUCUGUUUCUGUUUUUUUAAUUCGUCGAAAAAGAAUUUGAUGUCAUUGAAAUAAAGUGAAAUGAGUCAGAAUCUGAAAACUCCUCCCCAACCUAAUCUACAAUAUAUAUAAAGUAUGAUUAUUAUAUGAUCUACCUAACAUUAAUUAUACUAUCAACCAUAUGUUCCACUACCAAGUAGAUGCAUUUUUCUCAAAGCAAUACAUUUUUUUUUUUUUCAUUCAAAGUGAAAUAAAGUAAAGAACAAUUAUAAUUUUGGAUGAAGUAAAGAAGAUCCUCAAACAAUAUUUAUUAUUGCACGAAAAUAUAUAUCCAACAAAUGCAUCGAAAUUUUAACGGAUGCUACUUGGCUUUUUGGAAUAUAUGUAUGUAUAUAAGCACUUGAGAGUCAUACCUUCAGUGUUUAUAUACACCUCUUACCUAGUCAUAUCAGACCACUCUCGAACUCAAGUUUAACGUACCUAUUUCCUUUUUGAUUACAUUAAAUUCCAAUGAUUUGUAUUCGUUUCCUAACACUUCAUAUUUAUUUAUUUAUUUUUUCUUCAUUUAUACACUAAAGAGAAAUAACCACCACAAGUCAAUUGAAUUUGU